AUGGCCCAGCUCAUCCGCACCGAACCCAACCACUCCUCCACCCACCACCACCAAAACGUCGUCGUCAUGCGCCACGGCGACCGCAUCGACAACUUCGAGCCCCGCUGGAUCAAAAACGCCGCUCGUCCCUGGGACCCACCUCUCGUCGAGGAGGGCCGCGUCCGCGCCUUCUGCACCGGCGCCAAGCUCCGGUCCGAUCUCGGCUUCCCCGUUCACCGUGUCUUCGUUUCUCCCUUCAUCCGCUGCGUCGAGACCGCCGUCCAGGUCGUCACCGCGCUCGCCGCUAUCGAGACGCCGUCGUUGGGAAAAUACGGUCAACCCCUCCCUGUUGAUCCCUCCAAGCUAAAGGUGUCAAUUGAAUAUGGCUUGUGUGAGAUGCUAAAUAAAGAGGCCAUUCGAGGUGAUGUAGCUCCAAAAGAUGGGAAUUGGGGUUUCAACAUCCCAGAACUUGAAGCCAAGUUCCCAGAAGGUAUGGUGGAUCGCACCGUGGAAAGAGUCUACAAAGAGUUGCCCCAGUGGGGAGAGAGUGUGAUGGAUGCAAGGUCAAGGUAUGCGAAUGUUGUUCAGGCCCUUGCAGAUAAAUAUCCUACUGAAAAUUUGCUCCUUGUCACUCACGGUGAAGGAGUCGGAACCUCGAUUACUGCGUUCCUGGAGGGAGCCACAGUAUAUGAAGCAGAGUACUGUGCGUAUUCAAAACUACGAAGGCCCAUCAAUGACCAGUCACCGACUGCUGGAAAGUUUGAGGUAUUGACAAAUAUUGGUCAGACCGGUCUCAGUUACUCUCUUUCAUUGUAAGAGCAGUGUACAGUAACCUUCUCUCUUGGAGUGUUUUACUGCAAAUUUAAGUGAAAAGUCCCGCUCAGACUAUUUAUCACUCACUGGGUACAAAUGUAUCAGACAGUAGCUUUUCUUUGUCUUUCUUAUUAAUUGGAAUUUUCAUGUAUGGCUCUAGCCCAUGAAGGUAAGAUUACAAAGAAAUGAAACAAAAGCUAGUUUCUAUGUC